CGCGCGGGGCUAAUUUGCGUGUGGAUCAUGGCGUUGACACUAUAGUCUCCCAUGUCCUUGUUCUAUUUUGAUGUGUGACUGACUGUGAUUUAACAGCUAAACUAAAUAUCAAGCUUGCUUUGUGAAUGUUAUAUCAUAAUGUUAUAUAUAUAUAUUGAUGCGUGACUGACAGUGCUCAAUUUCUGGUUCUUCAUGAUAUACAGAUUCUGUGAACUUCCAUACUGAUCAUGGACGUGUGUUUCAGUUUCAGAUUAGCAAUUGUUCAGCUAUCCCUUAUGAUAAGCUUAGCAGGCAGCGAUGAUGUUGAAUUCAUCUACAAUGGCUUCCGAUCAGCCAAUCUAACCCUUAAUGGCAUCGCACAGCUCACUUCCACUGGGCUCCUAAAGCUCACCAAUGAAACCAAGAGAAGCACAGGCCAAGCUUUCUACCCUUACCAUAUAAACUUCAAGAACUCAACCAAUAGUUCCGUUUCUUCCUUCUCUACCACCUUUGUGUUCGCUAUUCUUUCCAAAUACCAUGGUUUAAGCAGUAACGGAAUGGCUUUCGUGAUUUCACCCUGCAGGAACUUCUCCGGAGCAGGUGGAAGCCAGUAUCUCGGACUCUUCAACAAGUCCAGUAACGGAAAAGCUACAAACCACAUUGUUGCUGUAGAACUCGACACAGUACAAAGUACCGACUUGAAUGACAUCAAUGAGAAUCACGUUGGGAUUGAUAUUAAUGGGUUAAUUUCUGAAAAAGCUUUUCCUGCUGGAUAUUACGAGGAUGGCAAUGGCAGACGUCAGUUUAGAAACCUGAGUCUGAUCAGCGGGCAAAGGUUACAAGUUUGGGUGGAAUACGAUGGUGUAGGUAAGCGAAUGGAUGUUACUUUAGCUCCAUUUAAAGUUUCUAAACCCAAGACUCCACUUCUAUCUUUGCAUCGUGAUCUCUCUUCAAUUGUUAACAAUGAGAUGUAUGUUGGGUUUUCAUCCUCAACUGCUACUAUUCUCUCAUCGCAUUAUGUCUUGGGUUGGAGCUUUAAGAUGAAUGGUCAAGCAAAAGACCUUACCCUGUCUCAACUUCCAAAGCUUCCUAAACCAAAGAAAAUAUCAAGGCUUUUCACAAUUGGGUUGCCUUUCAUUUUAGUGACUGCGAUUUUGGUAGCAGUUUCAGGUGUUGUUUAUUCUACAAGGAGGAAGAGGAAGUUUGCUGAAGUUAUUGAAGAUUGGGAGCUUGAGUAUGGUCCUCAUAGAUUCAAGUUUAAAGAUCUAUACUUUGUUACAAAAGGAUUCAAAGACGAGGAGCUAUUGGGUGCUGGUGGAUUUGGAAGAGUCUAUAAAGGAACUCUUCCAACUAGUAAACUUGAGGUUGCAGUGAAAAGAGUCUCACAUGAAUCAAGACAAGGGAUGAAAGAAUUCGUGGCAGAAAUCGUGAGUAUUGGUCGUCUCCGUCACCGAAAUUUAGUUCAACUCUUGGGAUAUUGCCGACGUAAAGGUGAGCUACUUCUAGUCUAUGACUACAUGCCUAAUGGAAGUCUAGACAAGUACUUGUACAACCAGCCAAAGCUCACCCUUAAUUGGAGCCAAAGGUUCAAAGUCAUCAAAGGUGUAGCAUCAGGAUUGCUUUAUUUACAUGAAGAAUGGGAGCAAGUUGUGAUUCAUAGGGAUGUUAAGGCUAGCAAUGUUUUGCUUGACAGUGAAUUAAAUGGAAGAUUGGGAGAUUUUGGGCUUGCUAGAUUAUAUGAUCAUGGAACUGAACCAUACACAACACAUGUUGUGGGUACAAUCGGUUAUAUAGCUCCAGAGCAUACUCGGACCGGUAAAGCCACACCCUGCACUGAUGUGUUUGCUUUUGGGGCAUUUCUGCUUGAAAUUGCUUGUGGAAGAAGGCCGAUAUCACAAUCCCCGGUAGAUGAAGUCAUUUUGGUUGAUUGGGUGUAUUCUUGUUGGCGCAAAGGUGAUAUUGUUGAGGCAAAGGAUCCAAAUUUGGGUUCAAAUUAUGAAUUAGAGGAAGUUGAGUUGGUUUUAAAACUUGGGUUGAUAUGCUCUCACUCGGAGCCUGAAGCAAGACCAACUAUGCGCCAUGUUGUUCAGUUUUUAGAAAGGAAUAUGGCUUUGCCAGAAAUAUCAUCAUUUAGUCUCUCCUCUAGUGGCCUAGCAUUUGCCCAUCGUGAAGGCUUCGAUGAAUUUGCCAAGUCCAUGUCAUAUACAUCUUCCUUCUCCAAGGGAUUCUCCCAUUCUUCUUCUGUUGCACCGUCUGUACUUUCCGGUGGCCGAUGAUUGUAAACUUUUCGUAGGGUUUUUAAAAAACUGUGUCAGAAGUAGUUAGUUUGUGCUGGUGAAUUUGGGUUUAGGUUUCAAGAUUAAAUAAAGUUAACUUGUAUUUAUUUAUAAA